CGAUUGAAACUCAAGAGCAAAGAAAAAAAAACUUGUGAAGGUUUACUAAUAAAAAAAUUUAUUUAAUCCUCUGGUUAAUCGUCUUACCAUAAUUAUAACAAUGAACUUGGCGAGAUUUCAGUCAUUGCUAGUUUGUGUCGUCCAUGUUUUCCCAUUUAUUGUUCUCUUCGGAUUUAUGUGGAACUUGCCGGUCCUUUUUCCGGUUCGGAUAGACGAACUCAAAUGUUAUUACGUUGAACACCCAAGAUCAUCUCAUGUGGAAAAUAUAUCCAGAGUCUUCUGUGAUGGACAUUAUCAAUCACCGGUGAACCUCAGCAGAAACAAAGCUAAAAUACGUUCUUCAUCCCCAUUCAAGUUGAACAACUACGACACCUGCCCUUUUGCUAUUCACAUGGAGAACAAUGGGCACACUGUCAUGCUGAAACCUCGUCAGCCGAAAAUGCCGACCCUGGAAGGAGGUGGGUUGAAGGGGGAAUAUUCUCUGGUUCAAGUGCACUGGCAUUGGGGCUCCGACUCGAGCCGUGGAUCCGAGCACAUAAUCGAUGGACGAAGUUAUCCCCUGGAAAUGCAUUUGGUACACAUGGCUACUCGUUAUGAAAACUUCACAGAUGCUCUGCAAUCUACGGAUCACAGUGCUUUAGCGGUUUUGGCAUUUGUAUACGAAGCCUCGUCUAAGGACAAUGAAUCGUACGAAUGUUUCAUCUGCAGUUUGUCGCAGUUGGUAGACUGCGGGAAAAAUAAAACCGAAACAAGGGAAGAUUCAAAUUGUUCGUUUCCUAUGACAAACUUGCUGAAUUUGAGAGAAUUCGCGGAAAUUUCAACGGAAUUCAACAAGGCGUACCCGGAGUUUUAUAGAUACGAAGGGUCUCUAACGACUGACACUUGCAACGAAGUUGUGUCGUGGACUGUUGUCACGAAACCUAUCCCGAUUUCCGAAAAUCAGUUGAAUAUAUUUCGAAAGCUGCAAAAUGAAUCGGGGUCGCCGAUCAGCGACAAUUUUCGCCCGGUGCAAAAUCUCGGCGACCGGAUUUUGCGGCGGUAUUCUGCAAACAACGACAGUCGAUGGAUACUUUCUUGCAAACGAGCUGAUCGCAGAGAUAUAGCAUAGAAUACAACUCCAUAUUUUCAUCGGAAAUUAUUAAA